AUGACUCAAGUCGAGGCCACCGGCAAUCCAAAUUCUGAACCUGUAACCGCUCAGAAGCCCUCCGGACAGACAAAUUUGGAUGGACUGCUCAACAGAGAACAUUUCCACACUGAAUUUGACACUUUGGCCUAUCUAAAAGUAGGUCGAUUGCGCAACUUCCUGAGUCAUCAAAAUAGGAAACAUUUUAAUAUUUAUUGUUCUAGGACUUCUAUACAAAUGUCGAUGAUCCUGCCAUGCAAAUGGUGCUCACGUUUUUGCCUGGAAUGGUCGCUAGACUUCCAAGGAUCAAUUCUGUUCUUGAUUUUGGGGCAGGCCCAACCAUCCAUGUAGCGGUUUGCUUUAGACAUAAGGCGGAAGAGAUCUAUCUGGCUGAUUAUCUUGUACAAAACAGAGACGAACUGGAGCGAUGGCUGGCCCAUCGAUCCACCUUUGACUGGACAAAGACUCUGAAGAUGAUCGCCACUCAAGAGGGGAUGGAAUGGAGUAAGAUCUGUGAGAUGGAGCCCGCUACUCGACCCAAAGUAAGUCUAUUUUUGUUGUUAAUUUUGAUUGAAACGAACAAAAGUGAUCGUCAUCCUUCAGAUAAAGGGUAUUUUCCCCUGCAAUUGUCUGGAUGACAAUGUUCUUGAUGCUCCCAGAGAACUCCUGGGUUCCUUUGGGAUGGUGACGACCAUCUUUACCCUCGAAUAUUGUUGUAAUACCCAAGAAGAAUAUCGGAAUGCCAUCAGGAGAGUGGUAUCUUUGGUGAAGCCCGGAGGCUAUUUCUUUAUGGGAGGGAUCCUGGAGGAGACCUGGUGUUCAUUUGGGGGUCGUCGUUUCACUUGUCUCUACAUCACCAUGGACUUUAUGUUAUCCUGUCUGAGAGAUGCGGGUCUCAAUGUGGAUCUGGGAAAUCCCGCAGAGACCUUGUAUUACGAGAUCAAUGGCAUGUUCCUCAUUCAAUGCCAUAAACCCGAGCUUUAA